UCCACCUUACACAGUGACGCAUAGCGCUGUUCCAGUCUCCUUCCCCCUACCGAGGGCUUUUCCGGUUGUUACGGCUCCCUCCCCCUGCUCCGCAAUUUCUCUUAUCAACGAGCAAGGCGGCCAGGAUGGAUAUUGUGAAUCAGUUGGUUGCAGGCGGACAGUUCAGAGUCCUCAAAGUUCCCCUGGGCUUCAUCAAAGCUCUAGAAUGGAUCUUUGCCAUCUUUGCAUUCUCAACAUGUGGGAGUUACUCCGGGAUGUUCAAGAUGAGUGUGGAGUGUAAAAACAGGACCGAGAGCGACCUGAGUAUAGAAGUGGAAUUCGAGUAUCCUUUCAGGCUUCACCAAGUAUACUUUGACGCCCCAACCUGUAAAGGGGGUCCCCCCGAGCGUCUCUUCCUGGUUGGUAACUACUCUUCCUCGGCAGAGUUCUUUGUCACCAUCGGUGUGUUUGCCUUCCUCUACUCCAUGGCUGCCCUCAGCGUCUACGUCUUCGCCCUGGAGAAGUACCGAGAGAACAACAAGGGACCACUCAUCGAUUUUGGCGUGACGUGUGUGUUCACCUUCAUGUGGUUGGUCAGCUCAGCUGCGUGGGCUAAGGGCCUGUCGGAUGUCAAGGCGUCCACGGACCCUGAGAAAGUGGUGGAUCUGAUCUCAGCCUGCGACGAGGAAGGGAACCGCUGUCGUGAAGUUCACGACCCCGUCAUGUCUGGACUCAACACCUCCGUCUGUUUUGGCUUCAUGAACCUGGUGCUGUGGGGAGGAAACCUGUGGUUUGUCUUUAAGGAGACCGGCAUCAUCGCCCCCUUCAUGCGCGCCCCUCCUCCCCAGGAGAAGCAGCCCGCCCCAGACUCGUACGGUCAGCAAGCGGGGUACGAGCAGGACCCGUACGCCGGUUCCCAGGGGGGCUACCAGCCAGAAUACAACCAACAGCAGCAGGGGUACAACCAGGAGGGCGGAGAGUACGGACAGGCCCCCACCUCCUUCGCCAAUCAGAUGUGAGGGGGAGGAGGAAAGAGGAAGUGUGGAGGCAGCUGGCGACGGAGAGUCAGCGGGAGAGACUCGAGAGUGUGGUGCCUGAAAACUACAGUACCCACAAUGCCACACUACUUCCUAUGUGUUUGUUUGUGCAUAUGUCUGUGUGCUGAGUAAAUGAGGGAGGGAGGGGGGUAGAGAGUUACCUAAACACAAAAACGGAAGGGAACAGGGAGGGGGGAGGGACUAGAUGUUAGUUAUUGUAACGGGGGGAAAAGGCACUACAUGAAGAAAAACUUGAACACAAAAUGUGGAAAAAUAUUUAAAAAAUGAAAUAAAAAUUGAUUACAAUAUUAAUAUUAAAAUCUGAGAGAAUGUAUUUGUCUGUGCUUUAUAGAUGUCACUAUGAACAAAUAUAUAGACAAAUAUUUGGUAAUGCUAUGUAUGGAACUAUUCAAAUGUUUGUUUUUGAGUUUAGUAAAUAAAUAAUCAUAACAAUAAUUCUGCCAAACAAUGAUUGCUCCUCCUCGCAACCGUUUGCACUUUUAAAUGUUUUUAUUUUGGUACAAAUUCUUCUUUGUAAUUUGAUCAAAUGUUUUAUUUGAUUAAUCUGCUUGUUUUGUUGUUUCUAUUACAGAGGAAUAGAGAAGAGGUUGAUGGACUAAAACCAGUGUCAUUAUAUACACACUGGCCAUGAAACAAAUCAAACACGACCAAAAGAGUCAUUAAGGAAUCAUUGGUUUAUUGAUAUUUUUCUUCCCUCAGUCUAAGCUUCCUGAACCAUGCAUUCCUAAAGUCCAUGCAUUACAGUAGGAAUACAGUAAAGUCCAUGCAUUACAGUAGGAAUACAGUAAAGUCCAUGCAUUACAGUAGGAAUACAGUAAAGUCCAUGCAUUACAGUAGGGAUACAGUAAAGUCCAUGCAUUACAGUAGGAAUACAGUAAAGUCCAUGCAUUACAGUAGGAAUACAGUAAAGUCCAUGCAUUACAGUAGGAAUACAGUAAAGUCCAUGCAUUACAGUAGGAAUACAGUAAAGUCCAUGCAUUACAGUAGGGAUACAGUAAAGUCCAUGCAUUACAGUAGGAAUACAGUAAAGUCCAUGCAUUACAGUAGGAAUACAGUAAAGUCCAUGCAUUACAGUAGGAAUACAGUAAAGUCCAUGCAUUACAGUAGGAAUACAGUAAAGUCCAUGCAUUACAGUAGGAAUACAGUAAAGUCCAUGCAUUACAGUAGGAAUACA